AUGGGUAACAAGUGCUGCAGCCGCCGUCAUGACCCAGAUAGGCCUUUGGUAUAUCCGGCGUAUAAGAACGAGGCGGGGUUCACGGCGUGCCCGUCGUCGCUGGAGACGCGGUACACAGGAGAACCCAACACACGAGUGCUGUCGCGACCUCCUGCGGACAUCGUGCGCACACGCAACCCUGGAAAAUGUAUAACCAACGGCGGCAGACGCGUAGUGAAAGCGCUAUGCGCGUACACAGCUCGAGCGGACUCGGACAUCUCGUUCCGCAAGGGCGACCGCAUGGAAGUCCUGAGCGAUGCAGAGCCUGAUUGGUGGAGAGUCCUACAUCUCACCACGAGGAGAGAAGGACUUGUACCCGUCAACUUUGUCGCUGAAGAAAGUUCUGUUGAAUGUGAAGACUGGUUCUUUCCUCACGUAUCCCGCAAAGAGGCUGACAAACUCCUCCUUGCUGAGACCAACCCUCGAGGGACCUUCCUCGUGAGGCCAGCGGAACAUAAUCCUCACGGCUUCAGCCUCAGUGUCAAAGAUUGGGAGGAGGGAAGAGGGUACCAUGUAAAACAUUACAAGAUUAAGCCUUUGGACAAUGGAGGGUUCUACAUCGCUACCAAUCAAACGUUCCCGAGUCUGCCUGCGCUUGUCAUGUCUUAUACGAAGAACGCGUUAGGUCUGUGCCACGUGCUAGCGCGGCCGUGUCCGAAGCCUGAACCUCAAAUGUGGGACCUCGGGCCAGAGUUACGGGACAAAUGGGAGAUACCACGGUCAGAGAUACAACUCAUCAGGAAACUAGGACAGGGCAACUUCGGAGAAGUCUAUUAUGGAAAGUGGCGUAAUAAUAUUGAGGUUGCUGUGAAAACACUAAGGGAAGGCACGAUGUCGACACAAGCCUUCCUACAAGAGGCCGCCAUCAUGAAGAAGUUCCGACACAAGCGGUUGGUGGCGCUGUACGCAGUUUGUUCCACCCAAGAACCAGUAUACAUAGUGCAAGAAUACAUGAGUAAAGGUUCCCUCCUAGAGUUCCUCAGAAACGGUGAGGGCAAGUUCCUCCAGUUUGAGGACCUCGUGUAUGUCGCCGCGCAAGUCGCGUCCGGCAUGGAGUACUUAGAAUCCAAAAUGUUGAUACACAGAGACUUAGCCGCUAGGAACGUGUUAAUAGGUGAAAACAACGUAGCAAAAAUAUGUGACUUUGGACUCGCAAGGGUGAUUGAAGACAAUGAAUACUGUCCUAAGCAGGGGUCUCGCUUCCCAGUCAAGUGGACGGCACCAGAGGCCAUCAUUUAUGGAAGAUUCUCCAUCAAGAGCGACGUCUGGUCGUACGGCAUCCUUCUUAUGGAACUGUUCACGUACGGUCAGAUACCUUACCCUGGUCUGCACGGCAAGGACGUCAUUGAACAAGUAGAGCGAGGCUACAGGAUGCCCAAACCCGUCGGCCACUACCUCCCCGACGAUAUCUAUAGACUGAUGCUACAAUGCUGGGACGCUAUCCCCGAGAAACGGCCCACUUUCGAAUUCCUAAACCACUAUUUCGAAUCAUUCACAGUGACCAGUGAGAUACCGUACAGAGAAGUGCAAGACUAG